AUGAGGCUGGUCUCGCCUCCUCCUCCUCCUCGCCACGAGGAACCUCGGCGAUAUGAAUGUGAGAAUCGUCAGGAGACACCUCCAAUACCAAGGGGUCGAGCGGAGCACCGAGGAAGGCGGCUCGAGAUGCCCUUGUUCCAAGGAGAUGAUCCCCAAGGUUGGGUGUUCAGGGCCGACCGGUAUUUUGCCGUGAAUGACGUGGAAGAUGAGGAGAAGGUGAUGGUAGCUUCGGUUUGUUUGGAGGGGCAAGCCCUGGGUUGGUUCCAAUGCGCUGACGCGCAGAAUCCGUUUCGAUCUUGGCAGGAGCUCCGCGCGGCGGUGCUAAGGAGAUUUGGCCGCGCCAGGGAAGUCGACCCGGUGGAGCAGUUGAUGGCCCUUAGGCAGCGCAUGUCGGUGGUAGAAUACCGAGACGAGUUUGAGGUCACGGCAGCACAUAUGCACGGGGUUCCAAAGACCGUAUUCAAGGGGGCCUUCCUCCAUGGACUCAGGGAAGAUAUCCGGGCCGAACUAAAGUUGCAUAGGCCCAAUGGGCUGCAUGAGAUGAUGGAUCUGGCCCAGCAAGUGGAAGCCCGUAAUGAGGCUGCCGACAGGGUACUCAUCGUGGCGGAGGAAGGGGAUAAACCAGGGGAGGACUGCGAGGAGGAACCCGAGCCUCUGGAGAUGGACAACAAGGGGAAGGAGGUUCUAAACGUAAAGGUGGAUUUGUCCCUGAAUUCGAUGCGGGGGAUGUCUUCAUCCAACACGAGGAAGCUCCGAGGAUGGAUUGGCGGACGGGAAAUCGUGGCGCUAGUAGACAGCGGCGCCACCCAUAGUUUCAUCUCGAAACUGGUGGUGAAGGAGCUGCACCUGCCAAUGGACUCCACGGUAAGCAACAAUAUCUUGGUUGGUAAUGGAAUGUGUGUCAAGCAAACAGGCGUGUGUUGGGGUGUUAGAGUCUGGAUUCAGGGACAUUUGGUAGAAGAGAAUUUCUUCUCCUUCGAAUUGGGUGGGGCAGACUUGGUGUUAUGGGUGUCUUGGCUCAACACCCUCGGAAAGGUUCGGGCAGACUGGUCCAAAUUUGUAAUGAAAUUCCGUGCUGGACCUACCUGGGUGGUGUGGAGAGGUGACCCGAGCCUGUGCUACGCACCAACCAAGAUGCAUUCUUUCGUCAGAACUUGGCCAUCAGCAGGGGUGGGGGUAUUGGUCGAGGUAUGUGAACUCUCAGCACAGUAA